AUGUGUUGUAGUGGCGACUAAUUUGGAGAAAUCGCUCUUAUUGGUAAUGUGACUAGAACAGCAACUGUCUUGUGUACUCAGGAUACAUUAAUGAUAACGUUAGCCAAUCCAGACUUUCAAGCCAUUUUAUAAUAAUAUCAUGAUCAGGUUAAAAAUGAAAAGAUUUCUCUACUCAGAAAUUUUGAACUCUUUAGCAAAUUAUCUGAUAAAAGACUUAGAGGUAUUUUGGAAAAUAUUAUUGUUUAAAAACCUUCGAUGUUUAGUGUGAUUUAUAUGGAGAAUUCUAUUCCAGAAUACAUCUAUUUUAUUAAACAAGGAGAAAUCGAAUUACUCAAGGUAUUUCCUAAGAAUAAAACAGUCUCAAUUACUUUACUUUAAAUAGGUUGUGUCUUUGGACAUGAAGAAGUUCAGCAAUCCAUACCUAGAGAAUACAGAGCUAUUUCAAAAUCAUCUCAGUGCGAACUAUAUUUAUUACCAGUUGAAACUAUACAAUAAUUUGACAAGAAAAACUCAUAAUCUGUUGAAAAGAAAUUCCAUCAUGAAAGAUUGGAAAGGUUAUUAAGUGAUAAAAAAUCUUAGAAAACUAGCUCAUAAAUACCUUAAACCUCUAUUGAAUUGUAUAAAACAGUCUUUGAAAAAGACUAUUCAAGUCUUUUCAGUCAUGCUUUACUUUAAAAAAGGUACUAUUUUAUGCUACUUAGAAUCAUAUCACCUAAACAUAGAAAAAUGUUAUCAGAACCAUUUACUCCUUUCUUUGAUAUAGAUAAGAAAUCUUUCUCUUCCAAAAAGCAAUUAACAGAUAGGAAAACUAUUAACACCACUACAACAAGAUAUAAUAAAGAAAACUCCACAAGACAAUUCAGUACAUAAACUACAAUUAAUAUACACAGACACUUAUUCAGUCCUAAAGUCAGUAAAAGACAACUAGACACCAUCAUGCCCUUCAAAAAAAUUUUAUAAUGA